AUGUUGGAUUUACGAAAGCGCAUUGCACUUGCUCAACUGCCAUCUCACACUGGCGCUGACCAAAGCUUAGCCCUGGCGGCGGGGUGGCUUCAGCAUUGCACCAUCUAUCACGAGGUGUGCUGUUCCAAUCAAGACCGGUCAUUUCGGCCAUCGCGUCUUCUGUAUGUCGAAAACGAUGCCGUCUGCCUCCAUACCGUCCAGAAGAUGCCCAAGAGAGUCCUUUACUUAACCCUUAGCCAUUGUUGGGGCAAACUGCAUAUCCUCAGACUGCUGGAGUCCAACGAGGAUUCUUUCCACAUAGAUAUUCGGAUGCAAUCGCUGCCCCAGACCUUCCAGGACGCGAUUAAGAUUACACGGCGCCUUGGAUUCUCUUAUCUCUGGAUUGACAGCCUCUGCAUUAUUCAAGACUCAAAAGAAGACUGGCUGCGAGAGGCUGCACUCAUGGGCAAAAUCUACAAGAAUGCAGCAUGCAACAUAGCAGCCCCAGAUGCCUCCAGCGGCCAGCAA